UUUUACCUCCCGUAGGCAGGCAGCCAGGGCCCUGUCAGCGCCAGUGGGGAGGGUGAGAUGGGUCUUUUACCAAAGGGACGACGGAGCAGCUCCCUUAUUGCUUGCAGGAAGGUGGGCUCAGUAGUGCAGAGAGAAGCUUUUCUAUGUGCCUGAGGCCAAAGGAAUCUGAUCCAUCUCUGGCUUCCUGGAGCAAUAAAACGCAGCAAGGCCCUUUGGACUGACAUGAUACCUGAGGGGCGAGGCACCUUCCUGCCGCCAAACGGACACGUUAGGAGGUAGGUGAGGGAGGCAGGAACUUGUUUGUCCCCUCCUAGAAAGCACCAUGGCGGCUGCGGAGCCUUUGCAGAGCAUUAAAGCCGAAGUUACCUGUCCCAUCUGUCUGGAGUUAUUCCGGGACCGUGUGAUGACUGAGUGUGGACACAGCUUCUGCCGGGAAUGUAUCACCCGGCACUGCCAGGGAGACGGAGACGUCGCCUGUCCUCAGUGCCAACAGAAACUUCAAGAGAGACACUUACGGCCCAAUCGGGAGCUGAAGAACAUUGUGGAGUUAGUAAAGUCACAAGCAGUGGAGGAUCCGAGAGGAGGAUACGUGUGCAAGAUGCACCGAGAGCCUUUGAGAUUCUACUGCAAAGAGGAUGAGACCCCCGUGUGCAUGGCGUGUGAGAGAUCCAGGGCUCACCGCGCCCACACGGUGGUUCCCGUGGAGAAGGCUGUCCAGGAGCACAAGGUGGAUGUGAAGAGCCUCGUGAGGAGGUUUGAAGAGUGGCUGUCUCCAGCCCCGUCGCAGGUCUCUGCGGGGGAACAGGCCAGUGUCUCUCCGGCAGGGCAGGGGGUCACCCAGACGGAGUCGAGGGGUCACACAGGUGAGCCGGGGCCUUGCGCCGUGGGAAGGUGCCAUGGGGCUGGGUUUGGUGCUUGGCUCUGUUACGGGAACGGGGCCUCCCCGGGCGAGUGA